AACUUUCAGUCAGCUGCCAUGUUCGAAGGCUCGGAGUCCGUUGAGAUGGAGGAAGCCAGCACGGAGAGCACGCUGGCCUCAUCCAUCAGCGCUUGCAAGAAGGUUGUGUGCAGUAACGGGGUGCUGGACUCGUCGGAGUACUGGCUGAGGAAUGAAAAGGCUCUGUGCAGACUGGACCUGCUGGACGAUGACGCGGAGGGCAGCUGCACCAUGAUCUGCUUUGUUAAUCUGGACCCGCAGAGAACUGACUGCCGUGAGGACAAAAACAUCAAGAAAUUGGCAUCAGUGUCUCCGGACCUGCCAAAGCUUGUUGAAUUACUGACUGUCCACCAGCCCAAAGAAAAUGAGAUCCUACUGCUCGGCGGGUUGGAAGCCUCAGACACUUGCCAAGCACACCCACACUCCCCCCUGCAGGGCGGAAACCAGAGGAGCACGGGUGUGUGUCUGCUUCAGUGUUCUGGGAGGAGGCGCUCCACGCCACCCGCCAGCAUCGUCUUCGAGAUCAAGAAGUUCCUCAUAGGCAUGCAGUGGGGCAAAGAACGUCAGUUUCAGCAGAGACGAGCAGCAGGACAGCGAGUUGAUGACGACACCAACCGUUCCAUCUCGUCCAUAGAGGAGGACUUCCAGACGGCGUCAGAACACCUCGGAGAUGACAGCGAGGAUGAUGGCUUGAGAAACGAGCCAGAGAGUGGCGACCUGGGAGAGAGCUUGGUCGAGUCUGCUGCACAGAAGCACUGUGUCAGACUUGCAGGUCACAGGGGACAUAUGGCUCAGCGUCUGUACCGAGAGGAUGCUGACGCAAAAAGGGAAUGGCAUCCACAAGCAAGCAGCCAUACGAAGGAAUCAGCUGGUCACUAUGCUACCAAUCUGGCAGAGUCUGUACUGCAAGAUGCCUUCAUACGACUCUCUCAAGAUGAAACAUCAUUUGUGUCUGAGGCAGCUGUCAGUGUGUCUCUUGCCAGGUGUCCUUCCAGCUCUGCUGUUCCAUCAAAGACCAAAGAGCCUUCCCAACAGCGUACUUGCUCUUUUGAACUUCCCAAAAUAGUCAUAGUUCAGAGUCCAGACAGCUCUGACGGAGCUGCAGAGUGGCCAGAGCCACAGGCAUCUCAUGUGCAUGACCAUGAUAUGUCUGCAAAAAACAAACAAAUGCCAGAAAACGGGACUCAAGCUCAAGCAUCCCAACUCAGUGGAGGACAAAAACAUGUGGGAAUGGCUUUGGCCUGUGCUGCCAGCAUUAUUGGCACAAUUACUAGCCCACAGCUGACUGAAAAACUCACCCUAGAAUCAGCGUCUGAAGAACACAUAAAUGAUGAUCUGCAGAAGGAAGAGGAAAGGGUGGACUACUCUGUCUCUUCAGCUGUGUGCGGUAUGGCUCAAGUAGCUGGAGCAGUAGCAGCUGUGGAAUUAACGGAGGGCUCAGUCGGAUGUGACGAUUCUGAUGCAGAGUCCACUGAAGUCUACACAACGUCAGAGGGUCUGAUGUCUGCUGCCAAGGCCUCUGCAGCAUUCACACUACACUGCAGCGUAGCAGAGGGUACGAGCGUUGAAGCAUUUCGAGCUAACAUUGCCGAAGUCUUGCACAGGGAAGCUGCUGAGGUGCUGACUCAACCACAAGGCUACAAGAGUGUCGCACACCUGCUGGAGACCACGCAUAACAAGAUAGUGGAUGGAAUCACUUGUCCUAAGAAAUGUUGCAUGGAUGAGAGCGAGGUUGACGACUUAAUAAAUGAAGUAGCAGACAGCCUAUUCAAGCAUGCUUUAGAUAAGGCAAAGAAGAAAAAAGAGCUGGAGGGUGCUGGGAAAGAGGCUCCAAGUCUCCAAGUGUUUCUACAGGACAGUGUGAACAACUUGCUGUUUGAUAUUCUUUGCUUGACGCAGAAAAAAAUCAGCCAUAUCUCCAGCUGCGAGCUAGGGGCUGACCCAACACACGAAGCAGAUAGUUGCAGUAUUGAGAACUCCACUACAAAGGAAAUAAAGGAUCCAUCAGUCCAGUUACAAUACUUAGUUAGCCAUAGUCACUCCACUGAUACAGACCAUCUAAGUGAAAUGCUACACUACACAGAUAAGCUUCCCAUACUUCCGGGGCAGAGGCAGAAAACUGUCCUGGAGGAUGCUGUUACUGCACCUCUCUCCUCAGAGCACUCCAAAGAGCAACAGCAGCAGUCAUUAUACCGACAGUCAAAGUCCAAAGACUUGUCAGAUCAGCAGCAGAUCGGUGGCACUGUUAGAGAGCCUUUAAGUGAAAUCUCCAUUCACAGCUCAGAGAGGAGAGGCAGGCUAGUAACAGGCAGUGACAGCAGACAGGCCUCCCUUACCCCACAGUCCUCCCUGAAUUCUUGCAGCUCUCUGGUUUCUCUGAGAACAGACUCUGAUUGCAGGACGCCCAUUACUUGCUAUGCUGAUGACUUGGCCUCCACAGUUGUGUCUAUGGCCACAGAACUGGCAGCCAUCUGUCUGGAAAAUUCCACCGGGAAACAGCCUUGGUUCUGCGCCCUAAAGGGAGCAUCUACCGAAGGGCCAGAGACCUACUUGAUGCCAGCUUGCCGCACGGUUCUCAGGAGGAAAGAGGGUCAGAGCAGCAAUGCCACCUCCAGGAAACAUCGAGCACCACGGCUCAGUGAGAUAAAGCGGAAAACAGAGGAGCAGCCAGAGCUAAUGGAGCGGCUAGUUAACCGGGUUGUGGAUGAGUCAGUAAACCCAGAUGAGCCACAGGACCCUUUUGCUCUAUUUGCCUCUGAAGUCACGGCCAGGAUCAUGAACUGCCCUGAACUCAAUGUGGUGGAUACCUCCAAAACAGGCCAGCAACGCAGCAGGCUGCAGUGUGAGAGGUGGAGCCGCGGUAAGGCAUCUAGUUAUGAGAGCAUUCCAGAGGAAGAUGCAGACUCCUCAGGCACACCAAACACCCUGGGCCUUGGCAGUCGGUUAGGGCAAAACCUGAGCCGUGGUAGCUCGAUCUCUAAGCAGUCAAGCUGUGAAAGUAUCACAGAUGAGUUCUCGCGGUUCAUGAUAAAUCAGAUGGAGACUGAGGGCAGAGGAUUUGACCUUCUGCUGGAUUACUACGCAGGGAAGAACGCCAGCAACAUCCUGGCUGCAGCAGUGCAACAGGCUGCCACGAAGAAAAAUGGCCAUCUUAAUGUCAGGGCCUCUUCCUGUCUGUCCAAGCAAUCUAGCACAGAGAGCAUCACAGAAGAGUUCUACCGGUUCAUGCUUCGGGAUAUGGACAAAGAGAACAAAGAAUAUGGCAUUACCAAGACUAAAGAGUGGAGCAACAGCCUUUUCCCCCCUUCACCUAGAACACCUUUCUGCAUUCGCCAGUCCUCUGUCCCAGACAGGCGCUCCUCAGACUCACGUCUCACCGUCAACUCACCCAUAAAAGCCAACUCCUUUGACGGAUUUGCCCGUAAUGUGCACGGAGACACACUCAACAUCUACCCAACCAACUCCGUGUCAGCUACAGGACUGUGUAAGUCGGACUCGUGCCUCUACCAAAGGGGUAAGACUGACCAGAUCACAGACAUGCUGAUCCAUGAGACCUGGUCAAGUUCCAUUGAGUCUUUGAUGAGGAAAAACAAGAUAAUUACUGAUCCAGAAGACAGUAUUGAGUUGGAGGCUUCUGGGGACCCCCAGCCUCAUGUGCAGCAAUUUGCCAAUCGACUGGCAGCUGACAUUGUAGAUAUUGGCAAGUCUGCGCUUGGAGGACAGCAAGAUGUAGCUGGGGGAAUGCCCGGGUCACAUUCACAGACCAACAUCCCUGUUGGUGAAAGGAGAAGGGGGUUCAAACAAUCUCACCUGACUUGUGGUCGGAGUAGGUCCAGCCAUGAGCAAGCUGGCACUGGCGUGGUGAGCGGGGCGAGUGACAGCAGUGCUCCUUGCUUGAAGGGUCCCAGAGACGUGCCACUGAUCCAUAUUGAGGGAGAUCAGAGGGUUGAGGAGACUCUUUCAAACCCUGAAAGGACAGAAGGAGGGCCCUUGGAACCAUCCACAGACACCAUGCAUGUCGACAGAACUAUUGCCAGCAACUCAAGCAGCGAGAGGGACAGGCCUGUGGCGAUGGCUGCAGUAGUGAAGAGGGACAAGCGUUCAAUGAGCGCUAGCAGUGAAGAGAGCAUGGGGAGCUGGUCUCAUAUAACCCCCGAAGAUGACCCCCACGAGGAGACCAGUAGUUUUAUCCAGCUGAGUGAGGGGAAUGGGACCAGCAGCACAUCCAGCCUUGGUGGGGCUGACCUGGACGCUUUUUCUGAGGUGCACACUCAGAGUACAAUAAUCAGAGAGGAGGCAGAGAAAGGCAGUCUGGCAGGAACCAAGGUUAAUGUUGUUGAAAGCGCAGCAAGUCCAGCGGGCAGCUGUAGCAGCCUCAAGGAGCUCUUAGUGUUAAACUGCGACCUCGAGCAGGAGUGUGUGAACUCAGAACUCAGAGUUGCUCUGCAGUGGAUCGCUGCUUCAGAGCUGGGACUCCCUGCUCUCUACUUCAGGAAGUCCAAAGAUAAGUGGAUGGCAAAGUUCCAGAGGGUAAUCCACCUGAUGUCUCAGAAGGCAUGGCGAAUUGCAGACCUGUUCAGCGCUGUGGUUCAGUUCUGUCAGCUACAUGAGAACGAGGCCGGAGCGGGCAGUUCUCUCCAAACCAGCCUGUUUGAUUGGCUUUUGGAGACCCUUUAGGACAGACAAAACGUAUACUCACUGCAAACAACAACUAAAAAAUGUGCUUGCUAAAGUCUCGGACAUUUCCAAAUGUCUUUAACAGUUCUGAAGUAUCUCCAACUGCAAGCUGAAAGCACAGCACAGUCUGCUUACUUGAGAAAUGAUUACGUCUUUCCUGGCCCAUUAAGGUGAGUUGUCUGUUGGCAGAAUGAGUGGACCAGUCUCCCUUUAACUGUAUCUGUUUUCAGAUGUCUCUCUCUUGCGCAUUGCACAUAAAUACAAAGCCAACAAGGGGUGUGUGAGUUGGUCAUUCCUCAUGGAAUGCAUGAACUCUCACGCAGGACUUUGGAACAGGUUAUAUCUGCUCCAGAUUAUUUAUGUAGAUGUAUUAUUUAGGGAUUCGCACUGACAGAUUCUACUUUUAUUUAUUUAUUGCAAAAGAACACAAAUAAAGCAAUGAAAAGUAGGAAAAUCAGGUUAACUUCUCCACACAAGUCUAAAAAUUUUUUCUCAACACUGACAAAAAGAAGCUGUUCAGAUCAAAGACAAUAAAAAAAACUCUGUUAUCUUCCCCCAUAAAUGUGCACAUUGCUUUAAAUAAGCAAAGAAUUAACAUCUUUGUUGUAUUCAUGGGCCACUUCUGUUGUGACUGUGAAACUCAGUUCUAAUUAAGUAUGUGAUUUUCUUGCUGUUACUUGAUAAAUAAUUAUUUUGGAUAGCUGUGCUGUACAUACUGUAGAUUUGGAACUGCUGCACCUUGGAGUAGUGGACUGCUCAUUUUAGCUUUUACUAUGUCCUAAAGACAGAGUAAGGUUUGUAAUGUUAAAUUUGUAUAUGUGGAUAUGGUCUCUACUUAGUGGUAAUCUAGUGUUACAUCAGCAUAGGGGGGGGAAAAGCACACGACUCAGCUGUAAACUCUGUCACAGUAGAACUGAAUGUAUUUCUCUUUUGAAAUCAAUAAAUCUAUGUGAUGUGA